AUGACUUAUUUAUUGCAACAAUCUGAAGAACAACAGAUUGAGCAAACAUUGCAUGACUCUGUAAAACGCCAAAUGGAAAAGAACCAACGCGAAUACUUCCUCAAUGAGAAGAUGAAAGUCAUUCAGCGUGAACUUUCCGAUAUGAAUGGUGGCGCGGAAGAUGAUGUUGCUGAAAUUGAAAAACGUUUAGCGGAAGCUGAUUUACCUGAACAUGUGCGUAAAAAAGCUGAAAAUGAAUUCCGUAAACUCAAAGCAAUGCAACCUGCGUCAAGUGAAGCUGCUGUUGUACGCAACUAUAUUGAGGCUAUUUUAGAUACGCCUUGGAAUAAAGCCAGCAAAGUCAGCAUUAACUUAGCCAAAGCUCAGGAAAUUUUAGAUACAGACCACUAUGGUUUGGAUGAAGUUAAAGAACGUAUUGUUGAAUACUUAGCAGUUCAAUCACGCGUGAAAAAACUUCGAGGUCCAAUCCUUUGUUUAGUUGGUCCUCCUGGUGUUGGUAAAACCUCACUCGGGGAAUCAAUUGCCAAAGCAACUGGUCGUGAAUUCGUUCGUAUGGCACUCGGUGGUGUCCGUGACGAAGCAGAAAUUCGUGGUCAUCGUCGUACCUAUAUUGGUGCGAUGCCGGGUAAAAUUGUGCAGUCAUUGACCAAAGUUGGCGUUAAGAACCCUCUGUUCUUGCUCGACGAAGUUGACAAAAUGGCACAGGAUUAUCGUGGUGAUCCAGCUUCUGCCCUGCUUGAAGUACUUGAUCCAUCACAGAACAACAAGUUUAACGAUCACUACUUAGAUCUUGAUCUUGACUUGUCUGAAGUAAUGUUUAUCUGUACUGCAAACAGCAUGAAUAUUCCUGAGGCUUUAUUAGACCGUAUGGAAGUAAUUCGUUUGCCGGGUUAUACCGAAGACGAAAAAGUCAAUAUUGCUGAUCGUUACCUUGUUCCAAAAGCAAUCAAGAACAAUGGUUUACGUGGCAAAGAAUUGACUGUUCAUGAAGAAGCGAUUCGUGACAUCGUACGUCGUUAUACCCGUGAAGCUGGUGUACGUAGCCUUGAACGUGAAGUAUCGAAGAUUGCACGUAAAGUGGUGAAAGAAUCAGUCAGUGUGCAUAAAUUUGAUUACGGUAUGGCGGAAGAAGAAGCUCAAGUGGGUCGUGUAAAUGGCUUGGCAUGGACUUCUGUCGGUGGUGAGUUAUUGACCAUCGAAGUUGCAGCAGUAAAAGGUAAAGGUAAAUUUAUUACCACGGGUUCACUCGGCGAUGUAAUGAAAGAAUCUAUUACUGCGGCAAUGACUGUGGUUCGUACACGUGCUGAUGAAUUGGGUAUUGAAGCUUCUCGUUUUGAAGAAACUGACGUACACGUUCACUUACCUGAAGGUGCGACACCGAAAGAUGGACCAUCUGCAGGUGAAACCAGCUUAGGUGGCCGAGCAAUGCGUAUUGGUGGCUUAAAAGAGAAACUUUUAGCAGCACAUCGUGGUGGCGUUAAACUGGUGUUUAUCCCACAAGAAAACGUUCGUGACUUAGCUGAAAUUCCUCAGAACGUGAAAGAUGGUUUGGAAAUUAAAGCGGUGAAAAGUAUCGAUGAGAUUCUUCCACUUGCUUUGGUUGAGCAACCUACGCCAUUGGUCAAAGCACCAAUCGUUAAAGCGGUUGAUGAAGGCAAAAAAGCUGCACGUCAUUGA